UAAUGGGAUAAUUCCGUAGCCAAUCCGUAAUCAUGUAAAAUGUGUGGGUGACCCACAUAGUCAUACCGAACCAGAACCCGACCCGGUUUUCGGAUUCGGAUUAGAUUUGUGCUUCCAUCGUCUCUCUCGUUUUGGUCAAAUCCAAACUCGUCGAAAUAUCUUCAACUCUGCCAAGUGAGCUCCGUCGACAAUUUCACCACUGCCGUUUCAUAAACCCUAAUAGGAUAAAUGCAUUAAUCAAUCGAUUGAAGAGUCAAUUCUCCAUGGACAUACUGAAAAGUUCGCGCUGCAUUUCAACUCCAUUUCGCCCUCCGCCGCUCAUUCCCCACUCUCGUCUCGCAAAUGCAGUUUCUCUCGACAAAAAGCCUCGGAAUAUCAGAAAAUGUAGAAAUUUGUGCGCAGCUUCGAAUUCCGACACAAUUCUUAAGUCGAGCGAAAUUACGAGCAAAAAGGAAGAAGAUUACGGCGAUUUGAAGUGUUGGAUGGAGAAGAACGGGCUUCCGCCAUGCAAAGUUAUGCUCAAGGAAAGGCCUUCUCACGACUCCAACUAUCACUCCAUUCAUUAUGUAGCUGCCAGUGAAGAUCUCCAGGAAGGUGACGUAGCAUUUUCUGUACCUAAUUCAUUGGUGGUGACGCUCGAGAGAGUUUUGGGAAAUGAAACUGUCGCUGAACUUCUAACCACGAACAAAUUAUCAGAGCUAGCCUGCUUGGCAUUAUAUCUAAUGUAUGAGAAGAAGCAAGGUAAAAAGUCUUUCUGGUAUCCAUACAUUAAAGAACUUGAUCGCCAGAGAGGUCGAGGGCAGCUAGCUGUUGAAUCCCCACUUUUAUGGUCAGAAGCUGAAUUGGAGUACCUGAUGGGCAGUCCAACAAUGGCUGAAGUUUUGGGGAGGGCCGAAGGAAUAAAGAGAGAAUACAAUGAGCUUGACACCGUCUGGUUCAUGGCUGGAUCGUUAUUUCAGCAAUAUCCAUUUGAUAUCCCAACAGAGGCUUUCCCUUUUGAGAUUUUCAAACAAGCUUUUGUUGCCAUUCAAUCAUGUGUGGUUCAUUUGCAGAGAGUCAGUUUGGCGAGGAGAUUUGCGUUGGUUCCCCUGGGACCUCCGCUAUUAUCCUAUAAAAGCAACUGCAAGGCAAUGUUGACUGCUGUUGAUGGGGCUGUGCAACUAGUUGUUGAUCGUCCCUAUAAAGCUGGGGAACCUAUUGUUGUCUGGUGUGGGCCGCAGCCGAAUUCAAAAUUACUAAUAAACUAUGGUUUUGUAGAUGAAGACAAUACUUAUGAUCGCCUGGUGGUGGAGGCGGCUUUGAAUACCGAGGAUCCUCAGUAUCAGGAUAAGAGAUUGGCUGCACAAAGAAAUGGGAAGUUAUCAGUUCAAAGUUUUCAGGUUGUGGUCGGAAAAGAAAGAGAGGCUGUGAUGGACAUGCUUCCUUAUCUGCGAUUGGGAUAUGUUUAUGAUCCGUCAGAAAUGCAAUCUGUUCUAUCUUCUCAAGGUCCAAUAUGUCCGGUGAGUGCUUGUAUGGAACGCGCUGUUCUGGAUCAACUUGCUGGAUAUUUUAUAAAAAGACUUGAUGGUUAUCCUACUACUCUUAGUCAAGAUGAGAUCUUGCUUGCAGAUAGUGACUUGAAUCCAAAACGACGAGUAGCAACUCAACUUGUAAGGUUGGAGAAGAAAAUACUAAUAGCAUGCCUACAGGCAACAGCAGACCUGAUGGAACAGUUACCUGAUGACUCCGUAUCCCCAUGUCCUGCUCCUUAUGCCCCAAUCCUGAAAUGAGUCUUUGAGUCUCCAGUUAUUUUUGCUGCUUGCUCAACUUGUGCGAAUUCGCCUAUUUUGAGGAGGUAUUAGGGUGAAACUGCCCAGAGGCAGAGGUGAUUUCAAAUAGCUUGAACUUGAAGUUCCUUCCUAUGCGAGGUGGGAAUAAUAAGCCACAAAAUGCAUCUUGAUGAUUGCCUUAACCGCGCCUGCCAAUUCUGAAGCCGCACUAAAAGUGAAUUCCCCUCGCCAACACUACUAAUUAGUGUUGUAUUGUUUGUAUUGCUUUAUUUUCUAUUAUACUAACAAAAAUCAAAAUUUUAUCAGUUAGUUCAAAAUGUUGGCGUAAUCAAUUAGUUUGAUGUUUGGAAUGCAUGAGAAAUAUUGAAGCACAUAAAA